AUGAGUAAUGGGGAAAGACAGGAUCGCAAGAAGGAAAAGAAGAAGAAACAGAGGAAGUAUGAUGAUGGUGGUGGUGAUACUGAGGUAAUUAAAAGUGCAGCUGAUGUGAAAGAUGUUGGAAAAGGGGAGUCGACUGAAAUUGUUCAGGACAAGGUAGAGUCUUUGAAGAAGGAGAAGAAGAAAAGGAAGAAAAAGCACAACAUUGAUCUAGAGGCUGCAUCAAUGCGAAUUAUGCCUGGGACAAUGGAUAAUAAAAGCAGUGUAAUAGAAGGUGAUGUGGAUAACACAAACUCAAUUAAAAAUAGGGCAAGAGAUGGAACACUAAAGAUUAAUGUUGAAGGUGGUGGGAACAAAAGGAAGAAGGCCAAGUCUUUGGGAAAUGGUUCAAAAGAAAAAAGUAGCGAAAGAGUAACGCAAAUGGAGAAAGAUGUCAAGACCACUAGUGCAUCAGCAAAAUCUUCAUCAAAAGUGACAUCUAAGAGAGUGAGUUUUUGUGAAGAUGUUGAGGUUUUCCCUUCAUCUGAUGGCCCUAGUGAUGAGAAGGCUGUUGGGGAAGAUGGGCUAGUGCGAGGGAAGCGGUUCUCAUGUGAGGAGGAUGAGAUGGUUAAGCAAGCUGUUUUAAACUAUAUUGAUGUUUAUGAUUUAGGCGCAGAAGGUCUAAACAUGGUGCUGAAUUGUAUAAAGCACCCUGCAAUUAAACAUUGUUGGAAGGAGAUAGGUGCAACCUUACCUUGGAGGCCUCGUGAAAGUGUAUAUUAUCGAGCCCAUAUACUGUUUGAAAGGGACCAGAAUUCUUCUUGGACCCCAGAGGAGUCUGAACUCGUCCGAAAGUUUCAUGAAAAACAUGGAUCAGAUUGGAAGACACUAGCAGAAGCCCUGGGAAAACAUAGGUUUCAUGUAAAGGAUACGUGGCGAAGAAUAAAACUGGUCAAUAUGAAGAAAGGGAAAUGGUCCCAAGAUGAGUACCAGUGUUUAUUUGAUUUAGUGAAUUUGGAUCUACGCUUGAAAGCUUUUGAAGAAAGGAAAACAAAGCAUGGGAUGUUACGAGAUAAUGUUAGUUGGACAGCAAUUAGCGAGAAGUUGGAAACUAGGACUGAUGCUCUCUGCUGCCAAAAAUGGUAUGACCAAUUAACAUCACCUAUGGUAGCUGAAGGUAAAUGGCUUGAUACAGAUGACUAUCGGCUGCUGAUGGAGCUCUAUGAUUUGGAUGCUUGCUGCAUGGAAGAUGUUGAUUGGGACAAUCUUCUAGAGCACAGGUCUGGAGAUCUAUGCCGGAAGCGAUGGAACCAAAUGGUCAAACACCUUGGUGACCAUCGUAACAAGUCAUUUGCUGACCAUGUUGACAUUCUAAUUAGCCGGUACUGUCCUGAUGUGCUUGAAGCAAGAGAGAACUACGAUAGCAAACCUGCGGUUCCUUGA